AUGUCUAAUAAACUGUUACCAUGUAUAGUUUAUAAUUCUCCUUAUAAUUCUCCGUCCAGGGGCGUCGACUACAGUGGAGGGACAGCGGAACACAAGAGGGCGUCAACCAUGCCAUCCCAGGGAUCUCUCUUCACCAACUUUGAAGAUAUACAGUUGACAGAUGAAGAAAGAGUUUAUUUAAAUGCAGCAUCGUUGGGUGAUGUCGGGAUCGUCCGACAGUCCUUGGAAGAGAAGGGAGCCUCCUUGAAUGUUAACUGUUUAGAUUAUAUGGGCAGAAAUGCUCUACACCUAGCUAUUGAUAGCGAGAAGUUGUACAUCAUAGAGAUGCUGCUAGACAACUUAAGUUUUAACUGUAUUGAAGAGGCACUACUCCAUGCUAUUAGUAAGGGAGGACAAAAGAUUGUUAAAAUAAUCAUUGAACAUCCGACAUUUAUUGCUGGAGAGGAUCGAUUCAAGAGGUCAGGGGUCAAUGAAGCCUUUUUUAGAACAGAAGAGAAAAGUCAGUUUCCUCCGGAUAUUACACCUUUAAUUUUAGCUGCUUCGUACAAUAAUCAUGAAAUUGUUCAAAUGUUUCUCUCGAGAAAUCAUCGGUUAGAGAAACCACAUCCAAUUUACUGUAAGUGUACAGACUGCGUCAUCAAGCAGAAUUAUGAUUCUUUGAAAAGGUCAAGGUCACGUUUAAAUGCAUAUAGAGCGUUGUCUAGUCCUGCUUACAUGGCGCUGUCAAGUCCGGAUCCUAUCAUGACGACAUUUGAACUUAGACAGGAAAUGAUGAAGCUUGCAGAAGUUGAAAAAGAGUUCAAGAAUGAAUAUCAUGGUUUGGUUGUGAAGUGUAUGGACUUUGCUUGUGAGCUGAUGGAUCUAUGUAGGGGUACUCAGGAAGUAGAAGCCGUAUUAAGCGAGGGCACCGACUCAGUAAUUGAGGGAUCCAGAGAUCUUCUAGCUCGCCUUAAAAUGGCCAUUAGAUAUCAAGAAAAGAAAUUUGUAGCUCAUCCUAAUUGCCAGCAGCAUAUGACGAGUUUAUGGUACGGGUCAGAAAUGGGCUUUCUUCAGUCUUUAAGUUGGUGGAAACAGUUGUGUUUUGUGAUUUUGUUUCUACCUACGAUACCGUUUAUAGCACUAUCAUAUAUCAUUGCGCCAAAUACAAAGCUUGGAGCUGUGAUGCGUUGUCCAGUUACAAAGUUUAUUACUCAUACCACAUCACAUGUGUGUUUCCUCAUUCUGCUAGCUGCUGCCACUUUCAGACUUGCAGAGAGUGGAAUUUCAAUCACCUCAACGAAGGAGUUUACAGAUCCCGCCUUUAUACACCUUUCAAAAGACGAGAAGAUAAAUAGUUUACUAAAGGAGACUUUAAGACCUGCAAAUACAUUGCUAACUCGUGUACAGUUUUGUAUAGUCUUUUGGAUAUUAGGUCUUUUGUGGAUAGAGUGUAAACAACUCUAUUGUACAGGCGCUCACUCAUAUCUUACAGAUUAUUAUAAUUUUAUGGACUUUAGUGUAAUAUCAAUGUAUCUUGCAUCGUAUGUGUUAAGAUUUUAUACAGAAAUCAUGGUUUCUAAUGCUGACAGGGAAUUCAAUGGCGCACAACGUGCGAACGACCUUCUACGGCAGGACAACUACACAUAUUUUGAUUUACUAUUAGCGGAGAUAAAAAAUCCUCGCUACUCACCACAAAAUUAUUUCAUGGAAGCUUCCAGAUUUCAUUGGAAGGCAGACGACCCUGAAAUCGUUUCAGAUGUGUUAUUUGCUAUUGCAAAUGUGAUUAGUUUUGCUAGAACAACAUUUCUGAUGCCUGCUUUUGAAGUGUUAGGUCCUUUACAGAUAUCACUGGGACGCAUGAUUGGUGAUAUUACUCGUUUUAUGGUGCUAUUCACAUUGGUACUAUUUGCCUUUAUGGUAGGUCUACAUAACUUGUAUUGGUAUUACGGCGCUCAAAGAAUUAAGAUGGUGAUGGGCGAUCAGACUGCAUAUGUACAUGCUGCAGAGGCAUUCCAAGGAUUAAAACAGACAUUUUAUAGUUUAUUCUGGUCAAUGUUUGGACAAGUCAGUAUCAACGAUAUCAGUGUUAAACAUCCUGGUCCUGACGGAGUGUUCACUGCUAAAGAUCCAAACAAUGUGAUGGAGAGUAGUACAUCCAUCGUAGAAGGAGUGGGAACUUACUUAUUUGGAAUCUAUCACGUGGUUAUCAUUAUCGUUCUGAUCAACAUGUUGAUAGCUAUGAUGAGUCAUUCUUUUGAAGAUAUACAGACUGACUGUGAUGUCGAAUGGAAGUUUGCAAGAACAAAACUCUGGAUGAAUUACAUGGACGACGGAAGUACACUACCUGUUCCUUUCAACAUGAUACCAACACCAAAGUCUAUAUACUAUAUAUGGCGGUCAUUCAGAUUUCUAUUCUCCAGAAAAGCAAAUGGCGACUGGCUUGAUUAUCAAAGAGCUAGAAAGAAAACAUUUAUAAAGAGACGUAGAGAAAUUGUUUGUAAAACUUUGGAAUUAAAAACAGAAGAAACAACCUAUACAGAAAUCAUGCAGAGAUUAGUCAAGCGAUAUUUGUUUAAGCUGGAACGUGCCAGAGAUGAAAAAGAAAUGGUGAAUGUACCAGCCCUAAGAACAGAGGAAGUAGAAAUUGUGGACACAAACGAUGCCCCACCCCCUGUUCCAAAUACACCUAAUAGAAUUCCUUACGCUACACCUCCAAUACACGAAGAAGAGGAUGAAAUAUCAUGUAAUCAAAGAGCUGGCAAUCCUGGAUUGAAAAGAAAAACAACUGCAAGACAACAGACACGACGUGUGUCAAAUAGUGUUCCAUCAGGGCCGACAACUCUCGUUAUACCUCAAUUAGACGCUAUUCAAAGAUCACAGAAGCUUCUAGACGUUAGACUUCAACAUUUACAAGCUAGUAGUAAAGAGAAUAAUAGAAUUAUUGACGAUGUAGAAUUUCUACGUAAAGUAAUGACAGAAAAUCAGAAAGCAUUAUACAAUAUAAUUCAAGCUUUAGGAAAUAUGCAAGGUGAAAUUGUUAAUUUAGUCAAAUGUUUUGCACCUAUACCAGCUAGUAAUGACGUAGUUCCCAGUACACAUCAGAAUUCUAAGUCAGGACAAAAGAAGCGGUCUAGUCAUGCAGACGAUGCAGAAAGUGAGGUUUAACUACUCCUUACUUCUAGAAAUAAGGCAGCGUUUAAAAUAUGGUUUUUAAUUUUAUCUUCUUUUUGUUGUUUAUUUGUAAAAGAGUUUUAGUAAAUUUUGUGCUAUGUUAGAAAUAAAUAUA